CUUUUCCGGUUUACCAAGUGCUAACCGCUAUGUAGCAGAGGUUCGGGGUCUCAGCAAUGUAGUAUGUUCUUUGCUUCCAAAAAAAAGUCUAAACAUUUGCAGCAUUAAGUUUUAAAGAUAUUGCUGGAUCAACUGCAUCGCUUGUUAGCAUGUUGGCUACAGGAGCGGCUGUGACGACGGCCCUCGCACAAGUGGAUAGAGAAAAGAUCUACCUGUGGAUCAAUGAGCUCUCCAGCCCAGAGACCAGGGAGAACGCGCUGCUGGAGCUCAGCAAGAAGAGGGAGUCCGUACCAGACCUGGCUCCGAUGCUCUGGCACUCCUGCGGGACCAUAGCGGCCCUGCUGCAGGAAAUUGUCAACAUCUAUCCAUCGAUCAACCCCCCCACGCUGACAGCACACCAGUCCAACAGAGUCUGUAAUGCGCUUGCUCUUCUUCAGUGUGUAGCCUCCCAUCCAGAGACGAGAUCUGCUUUCCUGGCUGCACAUAUCCCACUCUUCCUCUACCCAUUUUUACACACAGUGAGCAAAACGAGACCAUUUGAAUACCUCCGACUCACAAGCCUGGGAGUUAUUGGUGCUCUAGUAAAAACUGAUGAACAAGAAGUGAUCAACUUCCUUCUGACCACAGAGAUUAUUCCUUUAUGCCUUCGCAUUAUGGAGUCUGGGAGUGAACUUUCCAAAACGGUUGCCACUUUCAUCCUUCAGAAGAUUCUUCUGGAUGACACAGGGCUAGCAUACAUUUGCCAAACAUAUGAGCGCUUCUCACAUGUUGCUAUGAUUCUGGGUAAAAUGGUCCUCCAGCUUUCCAAAGAGCCUUCUGCCCGUCUUCUGAAGCACGUUGUACGCUGUUACUUACGACUGUCAGACAAUUCCAGAGCCCGAGAAGCUUUGCGGCAGUGCCUUCCCGACCAGCUCAAAGACACCACUUUUGCUCAGGUGCUGAAGGACGACACGACCACCAAACGCUGGCUGGCCCAGCUGGUGAAGAACCUGCAAGAGGGCCAAGUCACUGACCCCCGAGGGAUCCCCCUCCCCCAGCAGUGACAAGAUGCUCACCCUUUUCUUCCUGAUCCACGCACACCCUGAGGAACACCAGCAAGAAACUGCCAAAACAACAAGCCUUUAAACAGUUUACAAGACUCACAGUUUGAUUAUUCUUGUAAAGACUGCUGCGUCAGAGACAUUGGAUUCA